AUGUCGCGCCCACUCAUUCGCACCUCGCGGCCUCUCUGCCGUCUCCUACCCGGCGCCACGCCACUACCCGUAUCGCGCAAUAACCUCCUUCAAGUAGCCGCGGCGGCAACCUCUUCUCCGCAGCAGCCGAGGUGCUACGCAAAGUCGGCUUCGUCCCCCAAGCCCAGGGGCCCUAAGCCGGUCGACCCCAUGUUCCUCAAGCCUGGAUCGCGGGAGGCGCGGCAGAGAGUCGCCUCGGCGAGGAUGCCCCCGGUGGAGGAUUUUGCCGCCUUGCAUCAGAAGCAGGGGCUCCAGGAGGGCGACCCCGAGCUUCACUGGGCCUGCGCCGCGGAGUUGAUCAAGGCGAUCAAGAAUAAUGACCUAGAAGGCCCGAAACUGUUAAAAAGGCUCGGAGUGACGCUGGAAGAAUUCUUCAACGCCGCCAUCUUCAUCAGCCUCACGCGCCCCACCAUCAAGGGAUGCGACGUCAACGAGAUCGUCGUGGAGAUGCUUAUGUACGCCUCGUCCCUCGGCCACGAGGCCUCCACCAUCAGCGCCAUGCACCUGUACCCGCUCAUCGCGCGCGUGCUACACCCGGCGUGCCGACCGCCCGCCGAGCUCGCCGCCCGCUUCGCCGCCAUCGUGGAGCGCGGGGACGACGCCAACGCGCUCACCGUGGCGGGCCGGAUGGCCAUAGAAGCCAAAAAGUACGACGAGGCGCGGGCCCUGUGCGAGCGCGCCCUGCAAGUAGGCGGCGGGCAGCAGCAGCAGCAGCCAACGCAACGGCAAACGUUUGAUUUCCACGCCAACUGCCUCGAGCACAAGGACGUGCGGGCGGGCUACUACCUGCUGUACCCUGGCCCGUUGGCGGAGGAGAUUUGGGAGGCGACCGAGUUCGCGCUCACGGUGGGCCACGAGAGGGCGUACCGGCACUUGAUGAGCAUGCAUAAUGAUCAGGCGGCGGAGGCCCUGGCCAAGGGGGACAAGGCCGCGUUUGCCGACUUUCAGUUCUUGGCGCAGGAGUGGCAGAGGUUGGAGAAGGCCAAGACGGUAGGGGAUGUUUAA